CUUGGACAGGUAUACCACCAAUGACAGGAACAGCUACACUACAUAUCCAUGUGUGGGACCAGAAUGACAAUGUGCCACAGCUAACAGUGGACAGCCUGGAUGUGUGUGUGUCUGAUGCCCCCACAACCACCAACAUCGAGGCCUUUGACCCAGAUGAAGCACCUUAUGGAGGGCCUUUCACUUUUGAACUGUUGGGAAAUGUUGAAGGAAAAUGGAGACUGAAUCCUGGUUAUGGUUACACAGCUGGUCUGGUGAAGGAGCCCGGUGUGUCCUCUGGUCAACACACAAUUCAUCUAAAGAUCUCCGACAUGCAGGGCGCAUUUAAAGUUUACAACCUCAGUGUGACUGCAUGUGGCUGCACUUUGACACCAAACUGUCGAAUUCGCCAGAAAUCUGAAAUAAACAUUGGCCCUUAUGCUUUAUGCAUAAUAAUUUCUUCACUUUUACUUCUUCUGUUUCUGCUGCUGCUGGCUCUCAGCAUCUCGUCCAAAAGAGAGUUUUUUACUAUGGAGCCUGAAGAUUGUUCAGGAGGAAUCCUCCUCCAAUCAAACACUGAGGCACCAGGAGACAACUGCGAGGUCACUGUUUAG